GUCCCUCAUUGGAUGAUGGAGCACAUUUGGAUUCGGGGUGGAGCAGCUGGAGCAGCCAAAAGGGAGAAAAAAUGUGAGGCGUAAAAAAAAAAAAAAAAAAAAAAAAAAAAGGUUCCUCGCUGAGUUUGACUCGCGCUCCUUCAGACUUUAGUUCUCUAAAUGUUCUCUGCAGCAGCGCGCGCGUCCUCCGCUCCACGGCUGCGACCCGAGAACUGAAGAGAGGACUGGGAGCACGCGCCCGAGCUGUGACACUUUCUGCGCGGAGACGUUUGGAGAGGUUUGGAGAGGUUUUACGCAUCGCGCAGGAUGCAGGCGCGCUACUCCGUGUCCAGUCCCAACUCUUUGGGGGUCGUUCCCUACAUCAGCAGCGACCAGAGCUACUACCGAACCGGCACCGGGUACACGGGGAUGCCUGCGCCCAUGAGCAUGUACUCACACGCGGCGGCGCACGAGCAGUACCCGGCCAGCAUGGCCCGUGCGUACGGACCCUACACCCCCCAGCACCAGCCCAAGGACAUGGUGAAACCCCCCUACAGCUACAUCGCCCUCAUCACCAUGGCCAUCCAGAACUCCCCGGAGAAGAAGAUCACCCUGAACGGGAUCUAUCAGUUCAUCAUGGAGCGCUUCCCCUUCUACCGGGACAACAAGCAGGGCUGGCAGAACUCCAUCCGCCACAAUCUGUCCCUCAACGAGUGCUUCGUGAAGGUCCCGCGGGACGACAAGAAGCCCGGGAAGGGCAGUUACUGGACCCUGGACCCGGACUCCUACAACAUGUUCGAGAACGGCAGCUUCCUGCGGCGCCGCCGGAGGUUCAAGAAGAAGGACGUGCAGCGGGACAAGGACGACCGGCAGAGUAAGGACCCGUGUGCGCGCGGCGCGGGCCGGGACCAGGACCCGCCGGUACCGGGGUCUCAGCCGGUGCGGAUCCAGGACAUUAAGACUGAGAACGGGACCGCCACGCCGCCGCAGGCCGCCUCCCCGAGCCUGGGCGCGGUGCCGAAGAUCGAGAGUCCGGACAGCAGCAGCGCGUCCACGGGCAGCCCGCGCAGCGUGCCCUCCACGCGCUCCCUCAGCAUGGACGGAACCGAGCACCACCACGGCCAGAACGCGGCCCAGGGCUUCAGCGUGGACAACAUCAUGACCUCCCUGCGGGGGUCUCCGCAGGCCGAGCUCUCCCCCCCUCUCAUCGCCUCCUCGCGGACAGGUAUCACCCCCUCGCUGUCGCUCAACUACUCCCCCAGCCAGAACCCCGCCUACAACUCCCCGACCUGCAACCAGAACCUCAUCUCCACGAGCUCCAACUCCACGUACCACUGCAACAUGCAGGCCAUGAGCCUGUACACCGGGGAGCGCGCCUCCGGGGGCCACCUGGCCCCCUCCACCACGGUGGAGGAAGCCCUGCCCGACUACUGCAUCUCCACGACCACCGCGUCCCCGCUCGCCCACGGAAACCCGAGCCAGGCGGGCCAGGAGGGCCACCACACGCACCAGGGCCGGCUCGCGUCCUGGUACGGGGACUUGGGCCACCUGGGUCCGGGUUACCCGGCGCAGCAGCAGAACUUCCACUCGGUGCGGGAGAUGUUCGAGUCCCAGCGGAUCGGGCUCAACGGGUCCCCGGUGAACGGGAACAACAGCUGCCAGAUGGCCUUCCCGUCCGGACAGUCCCUGUACCGAACCUCAGGAGCCUUUGUUUACGACUGCAGCAAGUUCUGAAGCCUCCAAAUGAACCUCUAAUAUAUAUUUUUGUACUUUUGGGCCUUUUAUUUACUCCCAAAGGACACGAGAGCUGUUUAACUCCACAACACGUAAGUUCCAGAGAAAUGCUCCAAAUAUCACCUUCAUUUGAACCUAAUCUAGUAAUUUAUUUAUAGCAACCGGAAGUGGUUGGAUGUCGAGGACCAAACAGUUUUUUAAAGGGUUCCAUCUUUUGUUGUACAGAAACAGUAGAGGGGGGGUUGUAGACUUCUUUUGUUGUUUGUUUCAAACUAUCCUGAAGGCAUUACACUUUGUUGUUCUCUUGAAUAA